GGGUAGCAGUGGGUGGGAAACAGGAGGGAAGGAAUCGAUGUGGGCGGAACUGUCAUGGUGGUGUGUUGUGGCUGGCUGAUUGGUAGACUACUUGGGACCUUCUGACGUUUUGGUGCUUGAAUUGGAUAAAGAUCCUCCAACAUGACUGACUCAAAAUACUUCACCACCACCAAGAAGGGGGAGAUAUUUGAGCUGAAAUCUGAGCUCAAUAGUGACAAGAAGGAGAAAAAGAAGGAGGCUGUAAAGAAGGUCAUUGCUUCUAUGACAGUUGGGAAGGAUGUGUCGGCUCUGUUCCCAGAUGUAGUCAACUGCAUGCAGACCGACAACUUGGAGCUGAAGAAAUUGGUGUACCUUUACCUCAUGAAUUAUGCUAAAUCCCAGCCUGACAUGGCAAUUAUGGCUGUUAACACUUUUGUUAAGGACUGUGAGGAUCCUAAUCCUUUGAUCCGUGCCCUGGCCGUGCGCACGAUGGGGUGUAUUCGUGUGGACAAGAUCACUGAGUACCUGUGUGAGCCCCUGCGUAAGUGUCUCAAAGAUGAGGAUCCAUAUGUGAGGAAGACAGCAGCCAUCUGUGUGGCUAAGCUGCAUGACAUCAAUGCUUCCAUGGUGGAGGACCAAGGCUUCCUUGACCAACUGAAAGAGCUCCUCUCAGACUCUAACCCAAUGGUGGUGGCCAAUGCAGUAGCCUCCCUGACGGAGAUCAACGAGGCGAGCAGUUCAGGCCAGCCGCUGAUGGAGCUCAAUGCAGCCACCAUGAACAAGCUACUCACAGCUCUCAAUGAGUGUACUGAGUGGGGUCAAGUCUUCAUCCUGGAUGCCCUCUCACAGUACAGUCCCAAGGAUGAACGUGAGGCACAGAGCAUUUGUGAGCGCAUCACUCCUCGCCUUGCUCAUGCUAAUGCAGCAGUUGUCCUCUCUGCUGUGAAGUGCCUCAUGAAGUUCAUGGAGCUGAUGGUUGGGGACUCUGAAUUUGUUAAAAACUUGACCAAGAAAUUGGCACCUCCCCUGGUAACUCUGCUGUCCUCUGAGCCCGAGGUUCAAUAUGUUGCACUGAGGAACAUCAACCUCAUUGUGCAGAAGAGACCAGAGCUGCUUAAGCAUGAGAUGAAGGUAUUCUUUGUUAAAUACAAUGAUCCCAUCUAUGUGAAGCUGGAGAAGCUGGACAUUAUGAUUCGUUUGGCAUCUGAAGCAAACAUUGUGCAGGUCCUCUCAGAGCUUAAGGAAUAUGCCACAGAGGUGGAUGUGGACUUUGUGCGUAAGGCUGUGAGGGCCAUUGGCCGCUGUGCCAUCAAGGUGGAAACUUCAGCUGAGCGUUGUGUCUCCACUCUCCUGGACCUGAUCCAAACCAAGGUGAACUAUGUGGUGCAAGAGGCUAUUGUGGUGAUCAAGGAUAUCUUCCGCAAGUAUCCUAACAAAUAUGAGAGCAUCAUCUCCACCCUCUGUGAGAAUCUGGACACCCUGGAUGAGCCUGAAGCUAGAGCCUCCAUGAUUUGGAUCAUUGGUGAGUAUGCAGAGCGUAUUGACAAUGCUGAUGAGCUGCUGGAGAGUUUUCUGGAGGGCUUCCAUGAUGAAAAUACCCAAGUCCAGUUGCAGCUGCUUACAGCCAUUGUGAAGCUGUUCCUCAAGCGACCCACAGACACCCAGGAAUUGGUGCAGCAGGUGCUUAGUCUGGCCACCCAGGACUCUGACAACCCGGAUCUGAGGGACCGAGGCUUUAUUUAUUGGAGGCUUCUUUCUACAGACCCUGGGGCAGCCAAGGAGGUGGUACUGGCAGAAAAGCCCCUCAUAGCUGAAGAGACAGACCUAAUUGAGCCAACUCUACUGGAUGAAUUGAUCUGUCACAUUGCCUCUCUGGCUUCCGUCUAUCACAAGCCACCUUCAGCCUUUGUGGAAGGCCGCACUGGCCUGCGCAGGGCACUUCCAAAACAGUCAUCAGGAGACAAUGAUGGUAACAGUGACCAACAGCAACAGCAGCAGCAACAGCAGCAGCCUACAGUCAUUCCCAAUCAGGAUUCCCUCAUCCCAGACUUGCUCAACAUGGACGUCAGUGCUCCUCCUGUUGUUCCCGCUGCCCAACCAGCAUACACUGGUGGCACUCUAGACUUGCUGAGUGGGGGCCUGGACUCCUUACUGGGAGGAGGUGGGGCAGAUGCUGCAGCUGCUCCAGCAGCAGGUGCAACUCCUCCAGUUGGUGGGACAAACACCUCGUCUGCAGGUUUGUUGGGUGAUAUCUUUGGCAUGCCUGCCACUGCUGGGCAAGGGUACAAUGUCCCCAAGCAGCUGUGGCUGCCAGCAAACCGUGGUAAAGGAAUGGAGAUCACUGGCACCUUCUCCCGCAGGAAUGGCAUCAUUUCAAUGGACCUGACUAUCCACAACAAGGCCAUGCAGCCCAUCUCAAACUUUGCAAUCCAGCUCAACAAGAACAGCUUUGGAAUCAGUCCAUCAUCACCUCUCAAUGUUCCUGCUCCUGUGGCACCCAACCAGUCUGUAGAUGUCUCCCUCAUCCUGGCCACCACAGGUCCUGUCCAGCGUAUGGACCCCCUCACCAACCUGCAGGUUGCCAUUAAGAACAGUGUUGAUGUGUUCUACUUUGCCACUGUGAUGCCCAUGCACAUCUUCUUCACGGAGGACGGUGCUAUGGAGAAGCGAGUGUUCCUCUCCACCUGGAAGGACAUUCCCAGCCAGAAUGAAGUCCAAUUCAAUAUUGACAAUGUGAAUAUGAAUGCAGAUGGAAUCUCCAACAAGCUUCAGGCCAGUAAUGUCUUCACCAUUGCCAAGCGUAAUGUAGAGGGGCAGGAUAUGCUUUACCAGUCCAUUAAGCUCACCAAUGGGAUCUGGGUGCUGACAGAGCUUAAGCUGCAGCCAGGCAAUACAACCAUUGUACUUUCCCUCAAAUCUCGAGCUACAGAUGUUGCACAAGGAAUCAACGAGGCCUUCCAGGGCAUUCUUCACUCCUAACAGGUGUUAUGGCCUUCCACAGCCCUGAGGCAGCCCAAGGCCUGUGCCCUGUGUGUUCAAAAAGACUACUAGUAAGUGUUGUGUUGAGAAGAAGUGUAGCAUUGCCAGCACUGAUGCUGGAUUGUUUCACUAAAACUUUUAAAUAACACAUGUAGAUUUUGAGCCUGAAUGUUGAUGUUUUGUUGUACAGAGCUUGAAAGAGUAUCAUAUAAGUGAAGUUGUUAUCAUAUUCAUUCCAGUCCAGCUUACUGAGGUGACUUCUGUAGGCUGUUAUAUGUCUAUCUCAAAUAAAUAUAUAUAUAUAUCA